CCAAAAUAUAAAAUUACACUCACCUUCCCACAUAUUUCACCUAUUGUGUGAAUUCAUAAAAAAAUAAAAUGAUCUGGAACCUAGUUCAGACCGCUUGCGUUCAAACCCAUUAUAAGCAUCGAUCUGGGAACAGCUUUUUUUUCCUUGAUCACUUCGUCAAAGACUCAAACUGUAAAACCAGAAAGUUGAACAAAAGGUAGUGACAGGCCAUUUGAUUGGUUUCAAAAUUCAAAUCCCCCAUCCAUGUCAAACUGUAGUAUCCAAUAUCAUCAUCUGGCAUCAGCAUGAGCUGUUUCAACCUUGUGCUUCUGUUGCUCCUGUCACACAUGGUGCUUUCACAGCUUCAUCCAGCGGAAAGAGCUGCUCUGUUGCUUCUGAGGGAUUCCUUAACUUCUCCUUCUGAUUUACAUGGGAAUUGGACAGGACCACCUUGUAUACACAGUCUAAGUAGAUGGAAAGGUAUUACUUGUUCUAAUUGGCAUGUUGUUCAGAUUGUUCUUGAAGGGUUUCAGCUUCUUGGCUAUUUGCCUCCUGCAUUCCCUCAAAACAUAACAUUCUUAACUCAGCUUAACCUCAGAAACAAUUCCAUUUCUGGGACCCUGCCAAAUCUCACCAACUUGGUGUUCUUGGAACAUGUUUUGCUUUCAUAUAAUCGCUUCUACGGGUCAAUUCCAGUGGAGUAUGUUGGCUUGCCUGGUCUGAAGGAAUUGGAGCUGCAAAAAAAUUACUUAGAUGGUCAAAUCCCACCUUUUGAUCAAGCAUCAUUGACAAAUUUCAAUGUCUCUUACAAUCAUCUGGUGGGACCAAUUCCUCAAACUUCUGUGCUGCAGAAAUUUCCUAAGAGCUCUUUCGAUAAUAAUUCAGAUCUCUGUGGGAAGCCAUUGGAUAUUUUGUGUCCUGCUCCUUCUCCAUCCCCUCCUUAUGCACCAGCUCCAAGCCCAGCAACAGCAAAAGAAAACAAGAGAUUUCCAGUUUGGAUUAUUGCUGUGAUGAUUACAGGACCUACACUGGUUUUACUUCUAAUUAUUAUCGUCUUCUUUUUCUGUAAUAAGAGGAAUCAAUUAAAAGAAACAACCAGAAAUUAUUCUCCAGGAUAUGGUUUUGGAGCAUGGGCAAAGAAUAUGAUGUCCUAUUCAUUGAGCACUGAAGAUCCUGAAAGAUCAGGAAUAUUGGAAAUUUACAGCAAGGAAUUACCAAUUUUUGACUUGGAUGAUUUAUUAAGGGCAUCAGCAGAAAUUCUAGGCAAGGGAAACAUAGGCACUACAUAUAAAGCAACGUUUGAAACUGGUGCUGUUGUUGCUGUGAAGAGACUUGAUCACAUGAAUGGAUUGGGAAAGAAGGAAUUCCUCCAGCACAUGAAAUUGCAAGCAAAGCUGAAGCAUGAAAAUCUGGUUGAAGUCAUCUCUUUCUAUUACUCAGACGAGGAAAAGCUGGCGGUUUAUGAGUUUAUCCCUUGUAGUAGCUCUUUGUUUGAGCUAAUCCAUGGUAGUAGAGGAGUUGGAAGAACUCCUCUUAAUUGGUCCACAAGGCUGGCCAUAAUCAAAGACAUAGCAAAAGGUCUAGCUUUCCUUCAUCACUCUUUGCCUUCUCAGAAGGUCCCUCAUGCCAACCUAAGAACAUCCAACGUCCUCAUUCGUCAAGAUGCUCGAGGUUACAAUUUGAAGCUCACGGACUUUGGCUUCUUACCUUUGCUUUCUGCUAAAAAAGGAACAGAAAAGCUAGCUAUCAGCAAGUCACCUGAAUUUGUCCAAGGGAAGAAACUGACACGCAAAGCUGACGUCUAUUGCUUUGGAAUCAUCAUCCUUGAGGUAAUAACUGGGAAAGUUCCAGGUGAAAGCCUGGGUGAGAUUGAAGAAACAACCAGUGAUAUUGCUGAAUGGGUGAGAACAGUGGUGAACAGUGAUUGGUCCACAGAUAUACUGGAUGCUGAGAUAUUAGCAGCAAGAGAAGGGCAUGGUGCUAUGUUCGAGCUAACAGAGAUAGCUCUACAGUGUACAGAUAUGACACCAGAGAGACGGCCUAAAAUGAAUGAAGUUUUGGCCAGAAUAGAAGGGAUAGAGUAAAUGAAAUCAGAGAAUGACUGAUACACAUUAUGUCGUUAAAGAUGUGUGUUUUGCAUUGUAAGUACCUCGAGAAUGUUCAUUACUAGUUCAAGAGGAGCACAUUUAAGCUGACAUUUUUUUAAUUUUUUUCCCCCUCAAAGAACAAACAUUUCAAUGAGGGGCAAAAGAUCUGAUGUGAAGGUUUGUACUCAACAGGAACAAUUCACUUCUUUCUGCAUAGAUUCGAGAUUAAAAAUUGUUUUGUUAACAUCAUCAGAAUUCACCGAAUCUCCUUUUAAAUUGUACAUUCCCGCCGGCCAAAACUAACCCUGAUUUUGGCACUUUAGAAUAGUUAAUUGGUUAAGCUGUCCUAAAAACAGACUCUUAUCACGUCAAUUGAAGGGCAAAGAAACUGCGUUUAUAUGACGCAGAGAUCAUUGAUAGGGAGACAAGCAAUACAGCUACUUGAGAUUAUGCUAUUCCAUAUCUAUCACCAGAAAGCAAAAACAAUAGGAAAGGAAAAGGGUACAAAGAAUGGAAAAAUUUAUUUCUAUGAUUAGUGUAAAUAUCUUGACCAUACUUAGUAAACUCUAGAAGGAAAACAAUUGCCCUUUGAU